AUGCGUCUUGCACGUUUCAUGACCAGUGAUGACAUUGCAGAUUAUAAAACGCUCUUUCUAGAGGCGGGAGAACGAUGGAAACGAGAAGAGGAGCAAUGGAAACAAGCAGAGGAACAAAGACGUGAAGCAGGCCUAAGGAGACGGGCAGAGGAACAAACUCGACGAACGACCUUUGACGAGGAAAAAGUGCCCAGUAAAACUGCGCCCGUGGACAGAAUUUCAAACCCGGCAGGAGGACAAAUGUCGCUCCAAUGGGAAGCUGUGGAGCAUCGGGCGCGCCAUUCAAAAUCACCUAUGCUGAAUAUGGGUAUACUGUUGUUGGAAAAGGCACGACCUCCUCACGGUGGCCGGAGCUCUUGCGCGAAGCCGAGGUAUAUCGUGUCCUGCAGCAAGUUCAGGGUUCUGCAGUUCCUGUUUUCCUAG